AUGCCCAAAUGGGCGCAGAAGACGGUUCCAGAAGAGCGAAUAGGAAGGCGCGAGGGGUCUGUGGGAUCCAACACUGUUAUGAUGAUUGAUUUUGGCUCGGAGGGGAUACGGAGUGUUGUCCGUGGGAGAGACAAUGAGAAGAAAGACGCGAAAACUUCAGGAGAAGGGCCACAGAAAAUAGACACUGAGACCGAAUUGUGGCGAGGAUUAGGUUUGCGGAUGGAUGGAGGGCGGGGCGGUGCGGGGAAACGGAAAUGGGGAAGGUGGGGUUGUGACGGCGUGACGGGCGGGGGUGACAGAGGGGGUGACAGCCCAGCAUCGCGAGCGCGGUCCCCGCCCGACGUCCACAGUGCGCUGCCUGCCGCGAGCGCCACGGCAGCCCGCCAGCGCAACCAGUCGCCGUCGUCGACGUCCGCCAGCAGGACGCACACCCCCCACCGCUCCCUGAGGUACAAGAAGCGCUCCCUCGAGCUCCCCGACCUGGCUCCCCGUCCCCUCACCCCCGUCUCCUCACACCUCAACUCUCCCAACGCCUCCCCCCACGGGCCCUACCGCCGUCCCAAGGCGUCCUCCCCCAUCCCCAUCCCCGUCCCCGGCCCUGUCCCCGUCGGCACCGCCGGCAACGUCGGCCAGUCCCCCUACGCACGACCCUCCCAGCUUCCAUCGACGACGCAGAUGGCAGACGUCCUUCCCCAGCAGCCGUCGACGCACAUUCCGAUCUACCCGCCGCACCACCGCCAGCGCGCCUCGUACGCACGCAGCCAGUACCCGUCCACCCGCUCCUUCCUCGGCCGCGAGGUGCAGGCGAACGGGAAUGGCCAGCAGCCCCAGAUCCCCGCGGUGCAUAUGGACCACGACGAGCCGCUCGUGGACGACCCCGCGUCGCCGUUCGUCGCAGAGACCAUCCGGAGCACGAUCCCCGUCGGCCUCGUCAAGCUCCCACCGGACGAGAGCAGCAGCAGCACCCCGCAGCCGCGCAAAACGAUAGACGAGCCCCGCGAGCCCAUUCCCUUCCAGAUCGCAUGGCACGGCGGAGGCAAAUCCGUCUUCCUCGCCCGUGCAGGCGACGCGAAUUGGAAAGGCCGGCUGCCAAUGGAAAAGGACCCGAACGAUGAUUCGACAUUCACCGUCACCGUCUCUCUCCGGCCCGGCACACACCACGUCAAGUUCGUCGUCGACGACGAGUGGCGUGUGGCCGAUGACCUCCCCACCGCCGUCGACGACGACGGCUCCCUCGCGAACUACGUCGACGUCUCCUCCACCUCCGCCUCGCACUCCCGCUCCUCCUCCCAACCCUCCUCCAUCACACGUCAACUAGCCUCCACCCCCCCUCGCCUCAACCUCUCCCCACCCACCGCCCCCAACACCAACACCAACACGCCCUCGCACUCCUCCCAAGGCCACCAAAUCUCCUUCUGGAGCGACAACGGCACCCAAGGCAGCUCAACCUCCACCUUCUCCGCGCGCUGGACGUCCGAACUCCCACAAGAACUCAUCGCCGCCGCACGCGAAGAAGAAAUCUACCUCUCCCCCGAAGGUCAACAAUCCUUCGUUCCCGCACCUAAUAUCCCACCCGCUCCCAUCCUCCCUCGUCAUCUCGAUAAACUCAUAUUAAACUAUCGGCCGUCGCCUCCACGGUCCGAUGCGUCCGCCGCUAGAGCUGAGGAACGAUCGCGGCAUCGGUCGAGUUCGAGUUCGCACGGUGGUUCGACGCUUAAUCCUGCGAACGCGAACGCAAAUGCAAAUGGCAGGUUGCGUUCGAGGACGAGACAUUCGAAUUUGGGAAUGACGAGCACGAAUUCGGGCGAGGAUUCGGGGCCUGGUGAACGUGGUGAACAGGAUAUUCCGGUGACGACGGCGAGCGGGACGGAUGUGAGCGCUGCAGCGCGCGGGGGGCCCACUACCCCUGGUCUCUCUUCUGCCGGUGGUGGUGGUGCUGGAGAGGGAGUGGGAGGUAAGGGAGGAAGUGCCCCAGGGGCGUUUGGAGGUGGACCGGCGCUGGCGGACGAUGCGAGUGUGCUUCCGGUUCCGAAUCAUGUCGUGUUACAUCAUUUGAGCACGAGCGCGAUUAAGAAUGGGGUGUUGGCGGUGGGGAAUACGACGCGGUAUAAGAAGAAGAGGUGGAUGAGAGGUUGGGUGGUUUGUUUGCUGACUCUAAUGCGUGGUGGUUGA